AUGGAUGUCUUCUGGACACUCCCGCCGGUCUCUAGGACCAUCACAGCUGCAGCAGUCGCUGUAUCAGCUGCGGGCUAUGGCGGCAUCAUCAGCCUGUACCAUUACAUCUUCGCGAGCCACUAUGUCUUUACGACGAAGGUGUUCCCUCAGCUCUGGCGAAUCUUCACGGCGUUUCUGAUCACGAAACCGAAGUUCGGUAUCUUGCUUGAUCCAUACUUUUUAUACCAAUACGGCAGCUCGAUCGAGCGGGAGUCGCCUCGCUUCUCGCAGCCCGGCGACUUCUUUGUAUACACCAUGUUUGUCGGAAGCGUCAUUGUCGCAACAGCAGGUGGCAUCCUAAACCAAUACACGUUCCUCCCCGCGCUGUCUCUCGCCUACGCCUACACGUUCGCCCAAGAUAACCCCACACGCUCCGUAUCCUUCUUCAUCAUCACUUUCGACAGCAAAUACCUACCCUUUGCCAUGCUCUUCAUGUCUUUCAUCAUCGACGGUCCUGAUGCUGCUGCCGGUCAACUCACCGGUCUCAUCGCUGCGCACUUGUACGACUUCCUGACACGCAUCUGGCCUACAUUUGGUGGUGGAACAAACUAUAUCCGUACGCCGCAGAUGGUCAAGGGUUGGUUUGGUGCGGCGCCAGGGAGUGUACAGAGUAGGGGGUUUGGACAUGUUGUCGAGGGACGGGGAAGGACGGCUGGUGCGGCUGGAAGUGGUGCACCGCCGCCCAGUGCGGCUAGGGCUACGGGGUCUGCUUGGGGUGGCAUGGGUCCCGGCAGGAGGCUUGGAGAGUAG